AUGGAUUUUAUUCACUACAACCCAUCAGAAGACCCUUAUUUAAAUUACGAUGAGAGUUCAGACGAAAUGGACCUUGAUAAUUUGGCAUUUCAACAUGAAGAAAUUGAAAAGUUCGUUUACAUAAACACAGUAAUUGUCGUAGAUCGUUACUGUACAAUGGUUUUGGCACCUAUUAUUCUUGAUACUGUCUUUAAGAGUUCAAUGUCGAAAUGGUUAAUAUGUUUUCAUUGUUAUAAAGCUCUGUCAAAACGAAGUGGUCUUCCUAAGGAAUCACCCAAAGGAGACCGUUUCCAACCUUCGUUUAAAACAUUCCCAAAGGAAUGUUCCCAGGCUCUGUCAAAACGAAGUGGUCUUCCUAAGGAAUCACCCAAAGGAGACCGUUUCCAACCUUCGUUUAAAACAUUCCCAAAGGAAUGUUCCCAGGCUCUGUCAAAACGAAGUGGUCUUCCUAAGGAAUCACCCAAAGGAGACCGUUUCCAACCUUCGUUUAAAACAUUCCCAAAGGAAUGUUCCCAGGUCGCUAUGCACUGGAACAGCUGGUAG